CGGCGAAAUCGUUUUCAGUGUGCUGCUCGGCACGAUCCAGACGCCAGUGUGCACCAGGCAACCAUGGCGAACCCGACAUGAUCGAGGAAAAGCGCUCGCUGCUGGCCUCCGGCGCCCGCUGGACGUUGCGGACGGCCUUCGUGCUCGGGGUGGCCGCCGCUGCCACUACCGUCAUCUAUUUCACCCCCGUGCCAGAUCAAUUUUUCGCGUCUUGCGAUCGGCCCUGCCACGAACUCGACUGGCCAAUGAUUUGCCGUAUUAAACUCACCAUUGAGGUCUACCAAACGCUCAGCAGCUCGUGCGGCACUUGCCCCGAAAAUCAGACGGAAUGCUGGAACCCAAACUGCGUCACCGCCGACGGAUUCAAGCGUGGCAUCCUGACGGCCAACAGACAGCUACCGGGCCCUAGUAUUCACGUUUGUGAAAACGACAUUUUGGUCGUGGACGUCGUGAACAGGGUGCCUGAGCACGGCUUGGCUUUCCACUGGCGAGGACUGCCGCAGAAAGACACUCCUUUCAUGGACGGUGUCCCCAUGGUGACGCAGUGCCCCAUUCCCAGCUACACAACGUUCCAGUAUAAGUUCAGGGCCUCUCGACCCGGAACGCACAUGUGGCACGCGCACAAUGGAGCUGAAAUGGCUGAUGGCCUGGCUGGCGCCCUGGUAGUCCGCAGGGCACCAAAUCGAGAGCCCCACAGAGCUCUUUACGACGAAGACAGCAAGGACCACGUGAUUGUGAUAACAGAGUGGACGCAUUCUUUCGCUCUGCAACGGAUGCUCCAAGGAUCGGUGGCCACAGAUGCGCUUCUUAUAAAUGGAAGAGGCGCUUCAAAGGAUGGUGUGCCUUCCGCCGCAUUCCAAGUGCUACCUAGUGUAAGGUAUCGGUUCAGAUUGGUGCACGCCGGCGUGAUUUCCGCGUGUCCCUUGAAGCUAAGUGUGGAGGGUCACAUGCUGAAGGUCAUCGAAAUCGACGGCAGUCCCAUCAGACCAAAGGAUGUCAGCAGCAUCACUCUCGCCUCAGGUGAGAGAGUUGACUUUGUGCUGGAAACCUCCGCGCCGCCGAGCACCUACGCCAUGAAGGUGCAGUCGACCUGCAGCCGCCUCGAACAAACUGCCACCGUGCAAUACAUCGAGUCACCAGAAGUGACGAAGACGAAACGCGAGCUGCAGUCCGCGAAGCAGGCGGACGCGCAGCGCUUGGACAGCACUGGACAGGCGUGUGGCACUCCGGACGUCGUCUGUCUGGCCGAACUCGAGGCUCUCGACCCGGCGCACUCCAGCCUUAGUAAAAGCAAGGUAGAUUUAGAAUUGGAGCUGCCCUUCGAGUUCACCUCCAUAUCCAACCACAGCCUCGGCUCAUUCAUAGUGAGUCUAGACCCUGAGGUGAAGGUGCCGCACAUCUCCAACCUGACCUUCGUAUACCCGUCGUCGCCCCUGGUGACCCAAGCUGCUGAUGUGCCGUCCGGGCUGCUCUGUCAUGCUGAGUCAAAGCCUAUAGGAUGCACAACGUUGCCUUGCGAGUGUGUGCACCAGCUGGACGUCCCGCUCGGGGCCGCUGUGCAACUCAACCUGCACGACAAAGGCGAAGCAGUAGGUGAAGGUCACGUCUUUCAUUUGCACGGCUAUUCCUUCCACAUUGUGAAAAGACUGGCUAACGGCGUGUCUCUCUCGCCUGCAAAAGACUCUGUCACUGUUCCCGCUGGAGGCAGAGUUGAAAUCAGGUUCGUCGCCGAUAACCCAGGUUACUGGUUGCUGCAUGACCAGCAUGUUGGGUACACUGCCAGAGGUCUAGGCGUACUGGUUCACGUCGGAGAUUCAACUGAUAUGCCUUCGCCCCCACCAGAUUUUCCCAAAUGCGGAACAUGGCGAGGACCGGACUUUUUCCUCACAUAAACUGGUUCUUCCAUUCCAUAAAAACAAACUGAAUUUCAGUCUCAGCCAAUUCUACAAAAUAUAAACGAAUCUCAAAGCUCAAGCAGACUGCUUUGCAGAGUUAACAAAAAGCAGAUUGUGAUAACUUUAAAUGUUUUAAUUUUACUUUAUGUCUGUAAUUUUUAUUUAUGAAAUAUUACUGCCAAGUGUGAUAGCAGAUUUUGCAUAUAUGGAUGUGAGAAAAAACAUCGCGAGUAUUGUAUAAUAUUGUGAAAUCGUGUUGUGAAAAAUGAUGCAUUGUUUUGUUGUGAAAUAAAAAGUGACAUUCCAUUUUUAACGGAA